UGUCAUGCUACUCACGAUAUCGACGACGAAAGUUAAAGCGAGUACUACCCUAGUACGCACUGUUCGCUGCAGUCCCACCCAUUCCUCUUAAAGAAACUAGCCAAAAUGCGUGAGAUCGUACACAUCCAAGUCGGCCAGUGCGGAAAUCAAAUCGGUGCCAAGUUCUGGGAAAUCAUCUCUGAUGAACAUGGAAUCCAGCCCAAUGGUGUAUACCAGGGAGAAUCUGAACUGCAGCUUGAGAGGAUUGAUGUAUACUACAAUGAGGCCAGUGGUGGGAAAUAUGUUCCUAGAGCUGUUCUGGUAGAUUUGGAGCCUGGUACCAUGGACUCUGUUCGUUCUGGUCCUUAUGGUCAAAUCUUCAGGCCUGACAACUUUGUGUUUGGGCAAUCUGGUGCUGGAAACAACUGGGCCAAGGGUCACUACACUGAGGGAGCUGAAUUGGUUGAUUCUGUUUUGGACGUUGUCAGGAAAGAAGCCGAAGGGUGUGACUGUCUUCAGGGAUUCCAACUGACUCAUUCCUUGGGAGGUGGUACUGGCUCUGGCAUGGGAACCCUCUUGAUCUCCAAGAUUCGCGAAGAAUACCCUGACCGCAUCAUGAACACUUUCUCCGUCGUCCCUUCGCCUAAGGUCUCUGAUACCGUCGUUGAACCCUACAAUGCUACUCUCUCUGUCCACCAACUCGUUGAGAAUACCGACGAAACCUACUGCAUUGACAACGAGGCCCUAUAUGAUAUCUGUUUCCGUACUCUCAAGCUGACCACGCCCACUUAUGGAGAUCUCAACCACCUCGUCUCGCUAACUAUGUCGGGCGUGACAACCUGCCUACGCUUCCCAGGCCAGCUCAAUGCCGAUCUCCGAAAAUUGGCCGUCAACAUGGUUCCUUUCCCUCGUCUGCACUUUUUCAUGCCCGGCUUCGCCCCGUUGACCAGUCGUGGCUCGCAACAGUACCGCGCCCUAACCGUACCCGAGCUCACUCAGCAAAUGUUUGAUGCCAAAAACAUGAUGGCCGCCUGUGAUCCGCGCCAUGGACGUUACCUAACUGUAGCCUCCAUUUUCCGUGGCCGCAUGUCGAUGAAGGAAGUCGAUGAACAGAUGCUGAACAUCCAGAACAAGAACUCGUCAUACUUUGUCGAAUGGAUCCCUAACAACGUCAAGACGGCAGUUUGCGAUAUUCCGCCACGUGGUCUGAAGAUGGCAGCCACUUUCAUCGGCAACUCGACCGCUAUCCAAGAGCUCUUCAAGCGCAUUUCGGAACAAUUUUCUGCCAUGUUCCGUCGUAAGGCUUUCCUCCAUUGGUACACUGGCGAAGGCAUGGACGAGAUGGAGUUCACUGAAGCUGAAUCUAACAUGAACGAUCUGGUCUCCGAAUAUCAACAAUACCAAGAAGCGACCGCCGACGAUGAGGCGGAUUUUGAAGAAGAUCCCGACGCAGAAGCUGACAAUGCUUAAAUUACUCGAAAUCUGUUAACUGUUACAUUUCUUCGCCCUUUUCCUCAGUCUCCUUUAUUUAUUUUCCAACUGAAAGCUAUCGAUCUGCUCUUCGUCCUCCCACUCCUUUAUUAUAUACAAAUCCGAAAUUCCUAUUACUAAGUCCUUUCGCUUUGUUUGUGCAUGCAGUAAAGCCUGUCCUCUUGCUUUCAGAUAAUACAAUUGCAGCAAUACCGCAA